AUGAGUCAGCUGGGGAUUCUGGUGUCCUUGUACGCAGGAGAAAACACUGACGCCAACCCGUUUGCCGAGUACAUGUGGAUGGAGAACGAGGAGGAGUAUAACAGACAGGUGGAGGAGCUGCUGGAGCGGGAGUUCUUGGAGCGCUGCUUCCAGGAAAUGCUGGAGGAGGAGGACCAGGACUGGUUCAUCCCUUCACGUGAUCUCAACAACCAGGGGGUGGGGCAGCACCAGCAGCAGCUCAACGGCCUGUCGGCCAACGAUCACCACAGCAGCCUGGAGGAGGUGGCGAGGAGGAGCAUCUUGAAUCCUGAAGCAAAGGAGUUCAUCCCGGGAGGGAUAAUGUUGUGGCCAAUGUGUUGUGCUCUGCAUCAGGCUAUGGCGAUGGCUUUGGCCACUACCCUCUACUUUGGUUGGGACAUCUGA